AAACCUCGAUCACGUAGGAUUGCGUAGAGCGGGAGAGGCGAGGAAGGAGGCUGCGAUUCUCCCAGCACCGGGAAGCGCUCCAGCAAAGGCAGCGCCCGGCCCCCGGGCUGCGGAGACCCCAGCCGGGCGGGGGCUCGCCGGGCUGACUCGCCCCUGAAUCCUCCCGGAGCGGGCAGCGCCGCCAGCCCCAGCCGCCGCGGACCGAGCACGGGCAACUCAGCUCAUGGAUGGCAGGAGGAUGCCGGCGGGCGGCGGGCGAGCCCCGGCCACCUGCGCCUAGGACGGGCAUGCGGAGCGCCCCGAGCCCCGCCACACCCCGAGUCUGGGGGAGUUAGCGGCGGGAGGGGUCUUUGCUUCGCUCCCCCCUCCCCACGCCGGGGAGGGGAUGGGGACUGGCCGGCGGUGAGGCGGAGCAGGGCGUGGGAAAGCCCCGGGGUCGCCUGCACUCGGAGCCUGUUGUAGCCGGCGGAUCGUUAGAGCAACGCCCCAGCGGCGGGGCACCGGGGCUCGCCCGGCCCGGGACCGGCUGCCGGAGGAGAGGCUGCCCGGAGCGCAGCGGGAGAAGGGGGUUUGCACCGAGCGGCGCGGGACAGGAGACAUGCCCGAGCUCUGCCCGUGACAGGGGCCCAGGCGGGUCCCCGCGGGCCGGGGCGGAGCGGAGCGCAGCUGGGACCGGGACCGGGGGUGCGGCUCCGCGCCUGCCCUGAGAGGAGCCUGCAGCGGGGCUUUGUUCUGACCACGGAGCCGCUUCUCCCCCCGUCCCGUUGUGCAAAGCUCGCCGGGGGCUCGGCUCCGCCGGGGAGGGACUGACGCGCCCGGCCGGUCCCCAGGAGCCCCCACCCUGCCCCGCUCCGGCUUCCCGAGGGACCCGCUGCCCCAGCCUGGCUCAGCCCGCGGGACUUGCUCUUCCAGAGACUCCGCGGUACCCGCCGUCCGGGGGCUCGCUGCCGGCUCCCCGCAGACAGACAGAUGGGGGGUGGCUGCGCCGGCCGAGGGGGGCGCAGGGAUGGGCGCGGGCUAGCCCGGGCCUCCUGCCCCUGACCGGCUGAGCAGUUCUGGGGUGCAGAGCGGAGAACCCCCCCCCCCGCCCCGCCCGGAUUCCGCCCCCCCCGGGGCCCCUCACCCCGGCCUCCAGCCCCCCGGACGCCCCAGCGCUGGCCGGGCCGAUGAGCGGCCAUGGCCGCGGCUAUCGCCAGCUCGCUGAUCCGGCAGAAGCGGCAGGCCCGGGAGUCCAACAGCGAGCGGGUGACCACGUCCAAGCGCCGCUCCAGCCCCAGCAAGGACGGGCGCUCCCUGUGCGAGAGACACGUGCUGGGCGUCUUCAGCAAAGUGCGCUUCUGCAGCGGCAGGAAACGGCCGGUUCGCCGGAGACCAGAACCCCAGCUGAAAGGAAUUGUGACAAGGUUAUUCAGCCAGCAGGAAUACUUCCUGCAGAUGCACCCAGAUGGUACGAUUGAUGGGACCAAGGACGAAAACAGCGACUACACCCUCUUCAAUCUAAUUCCCGUGGGCCUUCGUGUGGUGGCGAUCCAGGGGGUGAAGGCAGGUCUCUACGUCGCCAUGAACGGCGAGGGAUAUCUCUACAGCUCAGAGAUUUUCACACCAGAGUGCAAAUUUAAGGAAUCGGUCUUUGAAAACUACUACGUUAUUUAUUCUUCCACACUGUAUCGGCAGCAGGAGUCUGGACGAGCGUGGUUCCUGGGGCUCAAUAAAGAAGGUCAAAUUAUGAAGGGGAACCGGGUGAAAAAAACCAAAGCCUCGUCCCAUUUUGUACCCAAACCCAUUGAAGUGUGCAUGUACAGAGAGCCAUCGCUGCAUGAAAUUGGAGAAAAACAAGGACGCUCAAGAAAAAGUUCAGGGACACCAACCAUGAACGGAGGCAAAGUUGUUAACCAGGACUCGACAUAACUGACAAACACCCCUCUCCCUCUCUUCCAAUUCUUCCCUUCCCACUCACCUCCCCACCCUGCCGGCGAAACCACACCGAGACGACAAGAAACUGAGCAAGGCAGGACCUACCGGUAGCGGCUAGGAUUCUGAACUCAAACAUCUUUCUUCGUGUAGGAUGAGGAAAUCGACUCCCAAAUCUUGCCUGUUGCAACGUUUCAAAACAAACAAAAAAAACGAAGAAAAAAUGUUUUAAAUCAGGACUCCAUUAA